UGAGAAGAGGCCUCACAGUGUGUGACGGGUGUUUCUGGCGAGGACGCUGGGACCACCUCUGCAAGGAGAAGGCUGUAGAAGGAAACACAUUCAUCACACAGGUUCACCUAGGUGGGUCUGCCAGAAACCUAUGCAUCGACACGCUUUCACCCCCGUCACCUGGCACCCCUCUGCUGGUCCACCUGCAUGUUGCUCAGACAUGUGGACUCAACACACAUCUAACAGCGUUAGAUGGAACACACUGCACGUCUACAUCGCCUGGCAGAUUCAUUACAAAGAGCAACUCAAGCACAACAUAGCCAAAUAUGAUCGUCUCCAUGGAGACACAACAUCCCAGGUUCCUGCCCCCGGACCACCUGUCUCGCUCACAUCCCCUCUUGCAGCGUCGUCUUCUGCCUUUGGACUGCUGGCUGAGACGAGACCAAGAAGGUGCCAAGUGCUGGGACACGAUCUUAGCUGGAGAGAGGACGGAGAAAAGCAAGAAGAAAGGUGGAAAAGGCAGCAGGAGAGUGCCGACUGCAUCCAGAUGAAGAAGACGAGGCAGCGCGUAUUCUCACAGAUUAUGACAGCGCCACACACUGGUGCUCGCUGGUACUGUCACAGGAACAGAUUUAAACAUCCAAACCGAAGUGAUCAAUUUCUUCUAUUGGGCGACCGUGUAAACUGCAAUGUGAUUAAAUGCUCUCAUAGCGUUGUAGGCAGAUUCUCUGAGCCACAACGUAUUUGUCCGGCCAUUGUGAGGCAGCAGGGGCCCGCUCACCUCAGCAGAGCCACACCUACAGGUGAUGAGAAGCACCUGCACCAACUCUGCUACUCACCGUUUUUGGGCAACAGCCGCCAUCCAAGAUUUUUGCUUUGAGUCCGCUGUAUGCUAUAAUCGUAUUUUUCAGUUUUGUAGUCUUUAGGAAGAGAAAGGACCCCAGAAGUCUUCUAAAUCACCUUAAGUCAGACAUGUCGUAUCUACCAGGGUUGUGAAUAUUUGUGCACCAAACGAUACAAUCUGAUUCCUUGGGCGAUGAUUUGAUUUAGAAUGUAUUCUCGAUUCUAACCAAUUCUUGCAAUGUAUUAAUUGGUAUAAUAAUUAUAAUGAAGCUUUUUUCAAAACACGUUACAGGUUAGAAAAGCUCCUUUUUGCAAGGAGAUGGCAUAAAAAUAUUUUUAAAAAUUGUUUCUAAAAGUUUGGACACACCUUCCUAUUCAAUGCGUUUUCUUUAUUUUCAUUACUAUUUACAUUGUAGAAUGUCACUGAAGGCAUCAAAACUAUGAAUGUACACAUGUGCAGUUACGUACUUAACAAAAAAAGGUGAAAUAACUGAAAUUCAAGAAAUGCUUUUCACUUCAAAGGUGUGCUUAAAGUUAAUUGAGAGAAUACCAAGAGUGUGCAAAGCAGUAAUCAGAGCAAAUGGUGGCUAUUUUGAAAAAACUAGAAUAUAAAAUAUGUUUUCAGUUAUUUCACCUUUUUUUAAGUACCGUAUUUUUCGGACUAUAUGUCGCAGUUUUUUUCAUAGUUUGGCCAGGGGUGCGACAUAUACUCCGGAGUGACUUAUGUGUGAAAUUAUUAACACAUUACCGUAAAAUAACAAGUAAUAUUAUUUAUCUCAUUCGCGGAAGAGACGAAGAAAAUGUCAGCGAUCAUCACACACACGUCAGCCAAUAAGAAUUCGGAGGGGGAGGGUCAUGGCAGAAGUGCAUUGUGGGUCAUGGGAUGCUAACUGCUAUAUUCUAUAUGCUACUGCCGUAGUUAUUAAAAUGGAUCAUUUCAUCGUUGGCGGUAACUUAUAAAAACUGAGAAUGGCUGAACAAAAAUGGCACCGAAAAAGGAAAUCAUGUACUGCAGAUUACAAGCUGGAUGUAGUGAAAUAUGCAGCAGAAAACGACAAGAGGAAGCGGCGCAUACCUUUGGAGUUUGCAGAGUUGUUUAGAAGUGACAUCGAGGAAGAAAAUUUCAUCGGAUGUAUCGAUUAGGAGUGACAGAUUGUUUGAUAAACGUAUAGCAUUUUCUAUAUGUUAUAGUUAUUUGAAUGACUUUUACAUUAAUAUGUUACAUUAAUAUACCAGGCACGUUCUCAGUUGGUUAUUUAUGCGUCAUAUAACGUACACCAUUUCAGCCUGUUGUUCACUAUUCUUUAUUUAUUUUAAAUUGCCUUUCAAAUGUCUAUUCUUGUUGGAUUUUAUCAAAUACAUUUCCCCCAAAAAUGCGACUUAUACGCCAGUGCGACAUAUAUAUGUUUUUUUCCUUCUUUAUCAUGCAUUUUUGGUCGGUGCGACGUACACUCCGGAGCGAUUUAUAAUCCGAAAAAUACGGUACAUAACUCCACAUGUGUUCAUUCAUAGUUUUGAUGCCUUCAGUGACAAUCUACAAUGUAAAUAGUCAUAAAAAUGAAGACAACACAUUGAAUGAAGAGGUGUUGUAGUGGAAUUUCUGACUUUAUACCAUAUUUUGCGUCUGUUUAAGUCCAAAAAAAGAAAGUCUAUUUAAAAGCCUAUUUCUGAAUCACUUGGAAGCAAAAUAUAAGGGAAACCUGAAUUUGGGGUCGCGCCACCCAGUCUAAGAGAUUUGAUGAAUGCUUGUUAUGACUAGGAGAUCCACGAUUGUGCUGGUGCCAGCAGUGGCAAAAACAACUCGACCUUGACCCAUGAGGAGUCAUAUAAAAAAAGCCAGUGGACCAAGAGAAGGGAGAUGUUUUGCAUGUAUUUCGUUUGAUUCAGCAUCCUCCAGAGGACGGUAUCUGUCUGCAUGGGCAAUUUAAUCCAACUUGUACGAUUUUGAUUGAUGGGUAAAUACAACUUUUGUACUAAAACCAUUUUGUCUGCAGUUGAGUUUCGGACCUUUCCACUACAGUGUGUUUUUUAAGGUAUGUGUUUUUAAUUCAAAUUAGAAAAUUGUGAAUUGAUUUACAAUCCAGGUGAAUCCGAAUCGCAACAAUUUUUUGUGUGCAGUGACUUGUCAAAACAAGAACCCUAUUGAUUUUGCAAUUGUGCACAUAUCUUCCUGUGUACAUUUUUAAUGUAUAGUACAUACACCUGGAUUUGUAAUGAGUUUGAAUUGGGAAGCCGUCAGUCCAAAUGUAAAGUCCCAUGAAAAUCGAGCUUCACUACCAAGUUACUACAGUAACUGACGAAAAUGUCAUAAAAACAUCUGUAUACAUCAUUUAAUUUCCAAAAUGUGCUGGGUUUGACAGCCAUUUAAAUCAAUAAAAAAUCCAAUAUAAUCAAAGUGAUAAA